UUGACUGGCAGAAAACCAGAAGGACACCAUCAAACUCCAUGGUAUCAGCAAUCAACUAGAUACACUUCCUGGUGAUGGACCACCUAUUCCAAGAAGAGCAGGUGCUAAGGAUCAAACACCGUGCCUCAGACGUGCUAGGGCUCUAUGUUACACAGAGCAAGAAACUUCCAUGAAUAAGACUUGGGCCUUGGAGAGCUCUAUUUGUGGAUUAAUUCUCAUGAGAGUGGCUUACCGUCUCAAGAGUGGUUUGUUAUAAAGACAGCCCCUCUGUGCUUUCUUUUCACCUUCCACCAUGUUAUGACACCCACUCCAGAUGACCUUGGACUUUCCAGCCUCCAGAACAUUCCAGCUUCUUCCAUUGAGCAGCUACUGGUUCCUCUGACUCUGCAGCCUCCAGGUGGCCAUUAUGGACUUUCCAGCUUCUGAUCCUGGCAUACUUCUGGGCCAGGAAGUCAGAAUGCUGGGAGAGCGGUCUUUGGGUAAUCACACGCACCAGAAGGAAAGGACACUGAACUGGGGGAGAAUUUGCCAGUUUCAACCCUGACUUCUAGAGGCCGUGCCAGGCAAUGUGAUGCUUCAGGGAACCUGGGUCAAAAAGUCCAUGAAGAAAAUGGUGCCUCCAAUCUGUUACUGAGUGAAACUACAGCUGCUCCUCUCCAUAGCAAGAUUCUGGUUGCAAUUCCCACUUUAGGCACAAACGGCCCUGUCAGACAUUAGCUGAGCACUUGGAAACCAGACCGACAGAGAGGAUUACAAAGGCCUAUGCUCACAUCUCAUCCUGGCUCCAAAGGCUUGAGUCAGGAAAGAGACAAGAGGAAAGGAUCCGGAACCCGCGGUCUGUGCUCGCCCUCGGCACCGGGGACCGCACCUCCCUGGAUUGCAGCUGAGUGUCUCCGUCACGCCUUUGCCCUUGCCUUUUCCCUGCGAAUUUGGGAGCGGUUUGCCUCCCCCGCCCCGACACCCACCUCCAACCCCCUCCCCCUAUCCUCUACGCCCACCCGGAGACUGUGCAGCGCAGUGCGGUGCCCAAGCGCGCACGGCCGAGACAGAGAGCCAGGCUCCAGGGAGCUCCAGCUGCUCCCGCUGCUCGCCCGAGCAGUCCACUGCACUGGACCGUCGGAGCAAACAACUGGGUCUGCCUUGGGGGCCUCCCAGGGCCCUCUUCGGAUAACCAUCGGACUGACUGGCUGCACACUUCUUGUUUUACGUCUCAGCAGUAACGCGAGGGCCAGUUGCAGGCCAAGUACAACAGAACUGAAAAUGGGACCAGUGGGUGCAGAGGCUGAUGAGAACCAAACAGUGGAAGAAACCAAGGUGGAGCAGUAUGGGGCAGGGCACACGACUCCGAGAGGUGAGCUGGCCCCUGACCCCGAGCCAGAGCUCAUAGACAGCACCAAGCUGAUGGAGGUGCGUGUUGUCCUCAUACUGGCCUACUGCUCCAUCAUCUUACUUGGGGUAGUUGGCAACUCUUUGGUGAUUCACGUGGUGAUCAAAUUCAAGAGCAUGCGUACGGUAACCAAUUAUUUUAUUGCCAACCUGGCUGUGGCGGAUCUUUUGGUGAACACCUUGUGCCUACCAUUCACUCUUACCUAUACCUUAAUGGGGGAGUGGAAAAUGGGUCCUGUCCUGUGCCACCUGGUGCCGUAUGCCCAGGGCCUGGCAGUUCAGGUGUCUACCAUCACCUUGACUGUAAUUGCCCUUGACCGACAUCGAUGCAUUGUUUACCAUCUGGAGAGCAAGAUCUCCAAGCGAAUCAGCUUCCUGAUUAUUGGCUUGGCCUGGGGCAUCAGUGCCCUGCUGGCAAGUCCGCUGGCCAUCUUCCGGGAGUACUCACUAAUUGAGAUUAUUCCAGACUUUGAGAUUGUGGCCUGUACUGAGAAGUGGCCUGGUGAGGAGAAGAGUAUCUAUGGCACCAUCUAUAGUCUUUCCUCUUUGUUGAUUCUGUAUGUUUUGCCUCUGGGCAUCAUAUCUUUUUCCUAUACUCGUAUCUGGAGUAAACUCAAGAACCAUGUCAGCCCUGGAGCUGCAAAUGACCACUACCACCAACGCAGGCAGAAGACCACCAAAAUGCUAGUGUGUGUGGUAGUGGUGUUUGCUGUCAGCUGGCUGCCCCUCCACGCCUUCCAACUCGCUGUUGACAUUGACAGCCAGGUGCUGGACCUGAAGGAGUACAAACUCAUCUUCACGGUCUUCCACAUCAUCGCCAUGUGCUCCACCUUCGCCAACCCUCUUCUCUAUGGCUGGAUGAACAGCAACUACAGGAAGGCUUUCCUGUCAGCCUUCCGCUGUGAGCAGAGGUUGGAUGCCAUUCACUCAGAGGUGUCUGUGACAUUCAAAGCUAAAAAGAACCUGGAAGUCAAAAAGCACAAUGGCCUCAGUGACUCUUUAUCUGAGGCUACCAACGUCUAAGGAAACAGGUGUAAAAACUUAGGAUUGAAUUCUGACCAGAGCUAUCGAUCUGAUUAAGGCAGGUUCACAGGUAUGUCCUGAUCUCCCAUUUUAAGGACAGAAAAGCAUCAUAAUGGAAGUCUUGGCAGCAUUAUUCCUGGAAAACUGACUGGGAGAGCCUAGGUGAAUUUACUUGUAUUCAAAGAUGGGACAACAAAAUGAUUUAAUUACUGUUGUACAGAUGGUAGAUUGAAUUAAGAGUGAAAACAAAGAAGUGCUUUUGACUCACCUCCCAGAUUGAAGGCAACCUGAAUAAGGAGUUGACAUUAUCAGCAUUGCUCAAAGGUGGGGGUAAAGUAAGUGGACAUUCAAGUCACUUCAGGACAAGUACUGGGGGUUCUGUGUCCUCCUUGUUUCCUUCUCAUCCGAUGAAAAGAUGUCUGAACAUGAAUUUCUCUAGGGAGUCAUAGGCGCUCCUUUAUGGUGUUUUGGUUUUAUUGUCCUUCCUAUAUGUGAAAUCCAAAAGAGAAUGCUAUAGGAAAAUGUUGCUAACUGAAUGAUUUCGAGAUGACUUCAAGGGAAUAAGCUGAAAUUUGCUAGAUGAUUAAUAUGUUGGGGGAAAUUCUUAAUUCUCAGUGAGCAAUUGCUCAUAAAAGCAAAUGCACAUUUUGUGAAUUAUUUUUCAACUCAGAAUCAAAGGCUGAAAUUCUCAGAAUUACAAAAAUAUAAGUGUUAUUGAAUUUCUCAUUUCAAGGUUUUCCUGCUUUUGUAUAGACACUAUUUACAUAAUCAGUAAAUAACUUAAUUCUUUUAAUUAUUGCUAAUUGCUAUAACUUUUUGAACCUGUGUAAUUUCUGUGAUGAUUCCUGUGUUGGAAAAAAUUUGCACUAAAAUUAAAUCAGAUAGAAAAUAAUUUUUACAACAUUUUGCAACAUAUGUCUAUUUGUAAGCAAUUUUUGCACAGACACAUACAUGUUUAUAGAACACUGAAAUGUUAUUUUCUUUGGAAUUCAUCUUCAAUGGACCCAUUUAUGAUUAAAAUAAUAUAAUUUCAUCAAAAUAGACCCAUCUGGUAAGGAAAACUAAAAGCACUCGAUUCAUUACAUCUUGCAAAUGUUUUGUUUCAACCAAUUUCACAUUUUUUUCCUUAAAGUAACUAUAUAUUUAUUGGAUGUAUGAAUAUAUACAUAAUAAAAUGUACCUAUAAAUAGUGGAACAUAGAUUCUAUAGUAGUUUUUCCUUAAUGAUUUUAUUAAUAUAAUUUUUAUUUUAAUAGUACCUAACCAAAGAUAAUUAAAACACUCUAUGUUCAUGAAAAAGAAGAGAGAUUUAAAAAUAGUUGCACUUCUCUCGAUGCUGUUAAAGAAGUUUCAGUAUAGUUAUAUUUUUGUAAAUAUGAUGGAAUUUGUGAACAUAUUCCUUGCAUUGCAGAUAAUUUCAACAUGAGUAUUAUAUUCAGUUAUAACACUGAUUUUAUGAGCUGGAGAGCUUCAUUUUAUGGAUCUAUUUAAAAUUCAUACUACUGCUCUUAUUAAAUUUGUUCUAUGCUAGAAAUAAAAGAUUGGUCCUGAAGUGAAGUACUUUUGGAAUACUGAAAAAGAAUUAAGACAGUAGAAAUUAGACUAGAUGGAAGACAGAUUAAGAAAUUAACAAAAAAAAAUGUAUAGCUGUAAUAUGUAAUUGAAGAAUUCAUUUUUCUGUUGACCUUAGCAAAACUAUCUAAGGAGAAGACUUUUGUUCUUUUCACCGCUGUUAUAUUGCUUAAGAUGUUAAUAGAAAAUUGUAGUUAAGGAUUUUAUCUCCCUGGGAGAAUUCUUACACUGAAAGAAAUUUAUAUGUUGUGAUGACUGAACUGUUAGAUUUCAGUUAAUGAGCUGAUUAACAUAUGUCUGAUCCAAUUAACUAUGUCAAUU